GAGCUGCCUGGUGAUCGAUUUCUUUCAGAGAGUUGACAUUUUAGGUGCGUGUUCUGCUAUUUAGUAGAGUGCGAGAGUCUUUUUAGUUCUGUUUGUUUUUUAUGAAUGAGAUGAGAGAAUUAUUUCUCCAUUGGAUAAAUUAGGCUGGACCUGAGGAAGCAAUUCUACUUGCAGAAUAUCCAAAAUACUACCGUGCAACAAACUUAUGCUGGCACUAUUCAACAGAAUGAAGCAAUGCUCUGGAUAAUGAGUCCAUCGUCUUGCAAAAUUAUCGUGACCAUUUGCCUAUCCAGAUAAAUGGCUCAUUUCAACUGGGAGCUACCAAACUACUUUCUGGCUGGCAGAUGCAGUGCCUCGUAGCAGCUAUCCGGGAGGAACCAAACAUGAGUGGGGGAGGGGAGCAGGUCGACAUCCUGCCGGCCAACUACGUGGUCAAGGACCGUUGGAAAGUGCUGAAGAAGAUUGGCGGUGGUGGCUUUGGCUAGAUUUAUGAGGCAAUGGAUCUCCUGACCCGUGAGAACGUGGCCCUGAAAGUGGAGUCCGCCCUGCAGCCCAAGCAGGUCCUCAAGAUGGAGGUGGCUGUCCUGAAGAAGCUACAAGGGAAAGACCAUGUCUGCAGAUUUAUCGGCUGCGGGCGGAACGAGAAGUUUAACUACGUGGUCAUGCAGCUCCAGGGCCGGAACCUCGCAGACCUCCGAAGAAGCCAGCCUCGGGGGACUUUUACGCUGAGCACAACCCUGCGCCUGGGCAAGCAGAUUCUAGAGUCCAUCGAAGCCAUUCACUCGGUGGGAUUCCUGCACCGCGAUAUCAAGCCGUCCAACUUUGCGAUGGGUCGCCUGCCUUCAACCUACAGGAAGUGCUACAUGCUGGACUUCGGCCUGGCCCGGCAGUACACCAACACCAACGGCGAAGUCCGGCCCCCUCGCAACGUUGCCGGGUUCCGGGGAACGGUCCGCUACGCGUCAGUGAAUGCCCACAAAAACCGAGAGAUGGGUCGGCACGAUGACCUGUGGUCCCUCUUUUACAUGCUAGUGGAGUUUGCGGUGGGCCAGCUCCCGUGGCGCAAGAUCAAAGAUAAGGAGCAAGUUGGCAUGAUCAAGGAGAAGUAUGAGCAUCGGAUGCUGCUGAAACACAUGCCGUCCGAGUUCCACCUCUUCCUGGAUCACAUUGCCAACCUGGACUACUUCACCAAGCCCGAUUACCAGCUGAUCAUGUCGGUGUUUGAGAACAGCAUGAAGGAACGCGGCAUUACCGAGAACGAGGCCUUUGACUGGGAGAAAGCAGGAACAGACAUUUUAUUGUCCACCAGCACCUCCACGCCGCCGCAGCAGAACACCAGGCAGACAGCAGCCAUGUUUGGGGUGGUUAACAUCACUCCCGUCCCGGGGGAUUUGCUGCGUGAGAACACUGAGGAUGUGCUGCAGGGGGAGCACUUGAGUGACCAAGAGAACGCUCCUCCCAUCCUGCCGGGCCGGCAAGUGGAAGGGCUGGGCCAGGCGCCAAACGUUGCCUUCAACGAGACCGAGGUUUGGGAAGAGACGGACGUGAACCGCAACAAGCUCAGGAUCAGCAUCAGCAAAACCCAGGGCAUGGCGGAAGAGGAGCAGAGGAGUGGCAUCUGCCCCACCUCCCCCAUCCGGGCGCCUCCAGACUCCCCUACCGCGCAGGUGCGCUCCCUGAGGUACCGUCGUGUGAACAGCCCUGAGUCGGAGCGCCUGUCCACCGCCGACGGCAAAGCGGAGCUCCACGAGAGAAGAUCUCGCGUGGACUUACCUGCUUCCCCGUCCCGGCUGGUGUGUUCCUCCCAACCAGCGCAGAUGCUGUCCAUCGACACGGGCCACGUCGACCGUCAGGCGAGUGGCCGGAUGGACGUGUCUGCGUCCGUGGAGCACGAGGCCCUCAGCAACGCUUUCCGCUCGGUGCCACUGGCAGAGGAGGAGGACUUUGAUAGCAAGGAGUGGGUGAUCAUUGACAAAGAGACGGAGCUGAAGGACUUCCACCCGGGGGCUGAGCCGAGCACGUCCGGCACGACGGACGAAGAGCCCGAGGAGCUCCGGCCUAUCGAGGAGGGCGAGGAGAGCGGCAGUCCGGCCCAAAGUCCACGAGGGCGAACGUGGGGGAUGCAGCCUGUGGCUGAGGAGGACAGUUCGCACAGGCACGAGGGACAGUGUCAGUCGGUAUCUGACAGCAAAGCCGAGCAGCCGCCAGGAAGCCCGGCCCAGUCGCCGUUGCACUCAGCACCACGCAGCCGGUCGGCAGAGAGCAGCCCCCACCCGCCUCAGCGCCAGGUGUUGGCGCUGACCCCUUUGGAGAUGAACGGUCUGCCGAAGGUGGUGCCUUUCCAUUUGCCUUAUCAAGACUUUAAGCGGGAUGUAUCAGACUCGAGGGAAAAACCGCGGCUCCUCCAGCGGAUAAAGAAGGUCGACUUCUCAAACAUCGUCUUGACAGCCCCUUGCAAAGCACCGGAGCCCCGGCUGGCAAUGAACGGGAGAGUGGAGGAAGAGGAGGAGGAGGAAGAGGAGGAAGAGGAAGAGGAGGAGGAGGAGGAAGAGGAGGAAGCUGGUUAUCUGGGAGACGAGAUUGACACGCACAGUAGCUCCAGCAGCGAGGUGAGUCAGAAGAGCACCGAGCGCAGCCAGGAAGGGGCGCCGUCCACGCUGCUGGCGGAUGAUCAGAAAGAGUCGAGGGGCCGCGCAUCUAUGGCCGAUGGCGAUUUGGAACUGGAAGAAGGCUCCAAGACGCUGGUGUUGUUUUCCCCGGGGGACAUGAAGAAGUCCGCUGACACGCACAGUAGCUCCAGCAGCGAGGUGAGUCAGAAGAGCACCGAGCGCAGCCAGGAAGGGGCGCCGUCCACGCUGCUGGCGGAUGAUCAGAAAGAGUCGAGGGGCCGCGCAUCUAUGGCCGAUGGCGAUUUGGAACUGGAAGAAGGCUCCAAGACGCUGGUGUUGUUUUCCCCGGGGGACAUGAAGAAGUCUCCGCUCACCACCGACUUGGCUCCGGAUGUCGAUCUGGGGACGCUUGCUGCUUUAACGCCCCAGAGCGAGCGGCCCCAGCCGCUGGGCAGCCAGCUGGACGUGUCCGAGCCCGGGACCCUGUCCUCCAUCCUUAAAUCCGAGCCAAAGCCUCCGGCGGUAGUUUCCACCACUUCCUCCCCCUUUACCAAAGUGGAGCGCACGUUUGUUCACAUCGCCGAGAAGACGCACCUGAACGUCAUGUCUUCCGGGGGCCAGCUGGCGAGGCAGGAGGACUACUGCCCCCCGGGCCAGUUUGAAGAGAUCAUCCUUGAGGAGGAGCUGGAGGAGAACCCCGUCUUGGUGGAAAACGGGAGUGCGAAUUCUGGUCUGGAAGGGGGAGAGACAGAAAGCUGCGCGCUCUCGGCCAAUCACAUCGAAACCUCUUCGGAGACGGCGGAGACGCUGCCCAACGGGGUGGCCCAGCCCCUGGAGGAAAGGCCGGGCCUUCGAGGCCAAGCUGCCCUGGCGCUGGAGUUGGGAGAAACUAGCCGGUUGGUUUCAGGAGAGCCACGCGUGGAAAAGACUCUUCUGGCGACCGAGCGCCUCACGCGGGCCGAAGCUGCCCGAGGAACGCCGAAGCAGGGCCCUAGGAAGCCUCUGGGCGCCAGGUACAGAAGCCGGAUUCCCAUCUUGUUCUCCGAGGAGGACACUGGCUCAGACCUGUCGGCCUCGCUCUCGGCCCGAGAGCGGCUGCACAAGAGAGCCAAACAGGCCGACUUGGUCCGCCUGGUGAUGGAGCGCAGGCAAAGUCGGCUCCUCAGACUGGCCUCGGGCGCCUCCUCCUCGGCCUCCUCCAGCGACGAGCGGAGACGCGCCUCGGAGACCCUCUCGCCAGUCACUGUCCAGACGGGAGAGUCCGUCGCCCUCCUUCAGAGGACAGCUGGGACCGAGCCCAGUGACUCCCCCCUGAAACUGCUCCAGAGCCGGCUCCCUUCUUCCCCAAGUCCUGCACCGCCUCCCCCCCCGUGGAGCUGUGCUCCCCCUUGGAGCCCUGGCCUGCCCCCACGCAACCUCAGUGCUUCCCCCAAAAGCCAGUCACUGUCCAGACGGGAGAGUCCGUCGCCCUCCCGACAGCGCAGGCCAGCCUCUGUCCUGCAGCGGGGUCCACCGUCU